AUGAGCAAGGCCCUGGAUCGCAUCUCCCAGUUGCCUUUCACGCGUAGAAUAGAAGGGGUAGAGCUUCCUCAGCGGUUCCAUCAACCAACAUUUUCCAUAUACAAUGGUCGGACUGACCCAGUAGAGCAUGUAAGCCAAUUUAACCAGAGGAUGGCUAUCCAUUCCAGAGAAGAGGCGUUGAUGUGUAAGGUGUUUUCGUCUAGCCUGGGACCUAUGGCGAUGAGAUGGUUUGAUGGCCUUAAGCCAAAUUUCAUAAAUUCCUUUAAGCAGCUGACACAGGCUUUUGGUUCCCGCUUCAUCACCAGCAGCAGAGUCCCUCGGCCCCUAGAUUCCCUCCUAUCCUUAUCCAUGCGAGAAGGAGAAACACUAAAGGCCUAUUCAGACAGGGUCGAGGAGGACCAGCAGAUGAGGAAGGGUAAAGUGAAGGUUGUCCCUCAGGAGAGGAGGGACUUCAGGUUAGACCGCUUUAACAACAGUAACAGGCUGAGAAGAGACUACGCGGAACAGUCUGGAUCCACUAGGGCACAGGUAGUCCAUGCUGUGUUCCAAGAACUAUUACACAAGAUCUUAGAGAAGGUGAAGUGCGAACCAUUCUUUCAAUGGCCGAGCAGGAUGGCAGGUGACCCCUCGAAACGUAACCAGAAUCUGUAUUACGUGUACCACCAAGAGCCGGGUCAUCUCACUGAUGAUUGUAGGAAUCUGAAAAACCACUUGGACCGGCUAGUCCGAGAGGGGAAGUUGAGACAUCUAUUACAUCACCCUGUGGGAUGGCAGGAACAAUCAAACAUCGAAACCAGGCAAAGCGCAUUGAGGCCGCCCAUUGGCACAAUAAAUGUCAUCCUCGCCGCACCUGGAAGGACCGGAUCCAAUCCUCUCAGAGUAAUGUCAGUGGGCAGGCUCCCGUCUGAAGCCGAUGACAGGGAAUCUAAAAGGGCCAGAGCGAGUUCCACGCCCUUAAUCGAAUUCUCGGAUGAGGACAAACUGGGAACCCUUCAACCCCACGACGACGCCCUAGUCGUCACGCUCAGAAUUGGGGGUUAUGACGUGAAGAGGGUGUUAGUUGACCAAGGCAGUGCCUUGGAAGUAAUGUAUCCCGACUUGUAUAAAGGAUUGAACCUGAAGCCAAAGGACCUGUCGGCAUACGACUCCCCUUUGGUCAGUUUUGAAGGAAAAACAGUCACCCCGAAAGGCAUGAUCAGGCUGCCUGUACAAAUAGACUCAGACGUGGUGGAAGUGACUUCAUUGUGGUGGAUACGAACUUCAUUGUGGUGGAUGCGUACUCCCUUUACACAGCUAUCGUGGCCCGACCAUGGCUUCAUGCACUAG